UAUUAUUAUUAUUAUUAUUAUUUUAUUAUGACACAGCAAACAAGAUAGAUAUGCUGGAUUUCGUUUCACAAAAUCACAAGUCGAACACUUCCCAAGUGUCUAGGACUGUGUGAUGUAUUUUCGGAUGAUGCGUGCAGAUCCCAGCAGGGUGGCCUUUUGCAGUUGGCAGAUCGUAAUUUUGUCAAUGUCUAUUGUUUCCAAAUGUAUUAUUAUUAUUAUUAUUAUUAUUAUUAUUAUUAUAUCUCCUGGCAUUGCUUCCCUUUCCCCCUCAUGUUGCUUUCCUUUUGUGCCUUUUUACGCCUUUCGGUUUUGCAAAAUCUCGAAAAAAAGCAGCUGACAAUCUGGCCAGGAAAAAGAUGCUUCAAAGCUUAGCAGAGUCUCUCUCUCAAUCUCUCUUUUUAUGAUUGUUUCUACACAGCCAUAUAAUGCAGUUUAGAGCUGCAUUGUAUAGUCAGUGUAGACCAGGCCCGAGCCAACUUUGGCCCUCCUUCCAGGUGUUUUGGACUUCAACUCACACAAUUCCUAACAGCUAGUAGCAAAAUAAUAAUAAUAAUAAUAAUAAUAAUAAUAAUAAUAAUAAUAAUAAUAAUAAUAACUGUCAACAAUCUUACAAAAAACAAAUCUCGGCUACCAAACAUCUAAGAAUUCUGAAGCUAUAUGGGAAAACGGAAACUGAAAUCCAAUCUCUGACCAACACUGUCCGAAUUUUUAGCACUGAUAUCAACAUGGAGUUUGGCUUGGACAAAUGUUCGACAGUGGCAUUGAAGAAGGGAAAACUAAUUGAAAGUGAGGGCAUAAAUAUGCCCAAUGGCCAAACAAUAAGGUGUCACCAGCCAGAGGCCUAUAAAUAUCUGGGCAUAUUACAGCUGGACAACAUCAAGCAUGAACACGUGAAAACUGUGGUCAGUAAAGAAUACACACAAAGGGUCAGAAAAAUUCUCAAAAGCAAGCUCAAUGGAGGCAACACCAUCAAGGCCAUAAACACCUGGGCCAUACCUGUCAUAAGAUAUACUGCUGGCAUUAUAAACUGGACACAGAUGGAACUGGACAAUUUGGACAGAAAAACAAGAAAACUCAUGACCAUUCAUCAUUCCCUGCACCCUCGCAGUGAUGUUGACCGGCUGUAUCUGCCUAGAAGAUCAGGGGGCAGAGGACUCUUGCAAGUAAAACAAGCAGUCAAAGAAGAAGAACAUGCCCUGGCAGAAUAUGUAAAACAAAGUGAAGAACCUGCUUUGAUUGAAGUCAAAAAUCAGAAACUCCUCAAAGCACAGCAGACAAAAAACCAGUACAAGAAAACCGCACUACAAACUAGAGCUGACAGCUGGCACAACAAAACACUGCAUGGAAAGUUCCUUGACAAAAUUGAUGGAAAAGCUGAUAAAGAGAAGACCUGGCUCUGGCUCACGAAUGGGACCCUGAAGAAGGAGACAGAAGGCCUGAUCCUUGCAGCCCAGGAGCAAGCCAUCAGAACAAAGGCAAUUCAGGCCAAGAUCGAAAAAUCAGCUGAUGACCCAAAGUGCAGACUGUGCAAGGAAACCGAUGAAACCAUUGAUCAUAUCCUCAGCUGCUGUAAGAAAAUUGCACAGACAGACUACAAACAGAGGCACAACUAUGUGGCCCAAAUGAUUCAUUGGAACCUAUGCCUCAAGUAUCACCUCCCUGCAGUUAAGAACUGGUGGGAUCACAAACCUGCAAAGGUUGUGGAAAAUGAACACGCAAAGAUACUGUGGGACUUCCGAAUCCAGACUGACAAAGUUCUGGAACACAACACACCAGACAUCACAGUUGUGGAAAAGAACAAGGUUUGGAUCAUUGAUGUUGCCAUCCCAGGUGACAGUCGCAUUGAAGAAAAACAACAGGAAAAACUCAGCCGCUAUCAGGACCUCAAGAUUGAACUUCAAAGACUCUGGCAGAAACCAGUGCAGGUGGUCCCAGUGGUGAUGGGCACACUGGGUGCCGUGCCAAAAGAUCUCAGCCGGCAUUUGGAAACAAUAGACAUUGACAAAAUUACGAUCUGCCAACUGCAAAAGGCCACCUUACUGGGAUCUGCACGCAUCAUCCGAAAAUACAUCACACAGUCCUAGACACUUGGGAAGUGUUCGACUUGUGAUUUUGUGAAACGAAAUCCAGCAUAUCUAUCUUGUUUGCUGUGUCAUACAACGUCGUUGUGUCAAUAAUAAUAAUAAUAAUAAUAAUAAUAAUAAUAAUAAUAAUAAUAAUAAUAAUAUCUCAGCCUGCAUUUGGAAACAAUAGGCAUUGACAAAAUUACAAUCUGCCAACUGAAAAAGGCCACCCGACUGGGAUCUGCACGCAUCAUCCGAAAAUACAUCACAUAGUCCUAGACACUUGGGAAGUGUUCGACUUGGGAUUUUGUGAUAUGAAAUCCAGCAUAUAUAUCUCGUUUGCUGUGUUAUAAUAAAAUAAUAAUAAUAAUAAUAAUAAUAAUGAUAAUGGGAAUAAUAAUAAUAAUAAGUGGGAAGUGUUCGACUAGUGAUUUUGUAAUAUGAAAUCCAGCAUAUAUGUCUCGUUUGCUGUAUCAUACUGUCUUUGUGAUGAUAAUAAUAAUAAUAAUAAUAAUAAUAAUAAUAUAAUGCUAUUGUAAUAUAGCAAUAACAUAAUAAAAUAAAAUAAUGAUAAUAAUGAAAUAUUAAAAAUAUUAUAAUAUUGCUAUAAAAUAAUGUACUAAUAAUAUAAAAUAAUAAAAAACAAUAUAACACCAGCUUUUAGAAAUUGUGAGAGUUGAAACCUAACACAGGUAACAAUAACAUAAUAAUAAUAAUAAUAAUAAUAAUAAUAGUGGGAAUAAUAAUAAUAAUAAUAAUAAUAAGUGGGAAGUGUUCGACUAGUGAUUUUGUAAUAUGAAAUCCAGCAUAUAUGUCUCGUUUGCUGUAUCAUACUGUCUUUGUGAUAAUAAUAAUAAUAAUAAUAAUAAUAUAAUGCUAUUGUAAUAUAGCAAUAACAUAAUAAAAUAAAAUAAUGAUAAUAAUGAAAUAUUAAAAAUAUUAUAAUAUUGCUAUAAAAUAAUGUACUAAUAAUAUAAAAUAAUAAAAAACAAUAUAACACCAGCUUUUAGAAAUUGUGGGAGUUGAAACCUAACACAGGUAACAAUAAAAUAAUAAUAAUAAUAAUAAUAAUAAUAAUAAUAAUAAUAAUACAACAAUACAUGGAUGGCCUAAAACUGUACAGGAAAACUGAAACUGAAAUCCAGUCUCUGACUGUCCGAAUCUUUAGCGCUGAUAUCAGCAUGGAGUUUGGUUUGGACAAAUGUUCGACAGCAGCAUUGAAGAAGGGAAAAAUCAUUGAAAGCCUAAUGGCCAAACGAUAAAGUGUCACCAACCAGAGGCCUAUAAAUAUCUGCGCAUAUUACAGCUGGACAACAUCAAGCAUGAACAUGUGAAAUCUGUGAUCAGCAAAUAAUAUGUCCAAAGGGUUAGAAAAAUUCUCAAAAGCAAGCUCAAUGGAGGCGGAGAAGACCUGACCUGUGCUCAGCCCGUAUCGGUGACAAAUCAGUGCCGGAGACAAUGGCCUUUUGGCUAAUCCGUUUAUAGCUGCACAAAACCACUAAUUAAAGACUUCAUCCCACUGAAUACGCCAACUGUUUAGAAGAGUAGUGUGAUCGAGGUGACCACCCUCCCCCCCAGGACUUUGUAAAAGAUAGUUCAAAAAUCAAGACUUUAUGUUCUAUAUUCCAUAUAUUUAUAGUAGAAGGUGAUUGAGACUUUUUACUGGAGUUUACUGUGACUCUCUGCACAAAAGGUGUUUGACCUUUUAGCCUGAGGCAAGAGAUAACAACUUCAUGAAUGGUAAAAUCAUGCUGCUAAAACUCCACUUUUAUGGAUUUCCACGCUGGGUUCUCCAGAUGUUAUGAACUUCGUUCUUAUCAAGUAUUUUCAAUUGUUUAUAUCAGGGGUCCCCAAACUAAGGCCCGGGGGCCGGAUGCGGCCCUCCAAGGCCAUUGACCUGGCCCCCGCCCUCAGUUUUAGACUCAGGCUUGCCCAAAGUCUGAAAUGACUUGAAGGCACAACAACAACAAUCCUACUUGAUAAUCUCAUUGGCCAGAAGCAGGCCCACACUUCCCACUGAAAUCCUGAUAAGUUUACAAUAUGCUGGUUUAAAUUAUUUUUAUUUUUAAAUAUUGUAUUGUUCUUUCAUUUACUAAUAUUGUAAAUGAAAUAUUGUAAACUAAUGAUAUGGUAAUAAUAUAAUAUAUUGUGUAUACAUAUAAUAUUGAUAAUAAUAUUAUAAUGUCAUACAAUAUAAUAUUUAUUUAUUUAUUACAGUAUUUCUACCCUGCCCUUCUCACCCAAUAGGGGACUCAGGGUGGCUAAUAAUAAUAAUACAAUAUAAUAAUAUUAAUUAUAUAUUAUAUGUGAAAUGUAAUAUUACUAAUAAUAUUACUGUAUAAUGGUAUAGUACAAUAUAGUAUUAUAUAAUGCUAAUAUUGUGCUAUGCUAAUAAUAUAAUAUAUUGUAUGUACAUACAACUUGUAAGCCGUUCUGAAUCCCCUUCGGGUUGAGAGAGGGUGGGGUAUCAAUGUAGUAAAUAAAUAAAUAAUUGUUGCUUUGGCGGGGGUUGCACUACAAAUAAGACAUGUGCAGUGAGCAUAGGAAUUUGUUUUUUUUUUUCAAAUGAUAAUUCGGCCCCUCAACAAUCUGAGGGACCAUGAAUUGGCCCUGGUUUAUAUCAUUCAUGAUUCCCCUUUAUGAAAUGUAACUCACUUUUAUGGAUUCUCCCUUAUUUCCAUGAAAUCUAUCUAUCUGCCUGUCAAUAUGGCUCAUCACCACCCAUCUUUGCUUCCACCUCUGACACCCCAAGGCAUAUCUAAAAUCUGUAUACGUGACAGGAACCCGGACACCCUUGAUUGCUGCCAUUAAUAAAAUAAGCACCCUUUGGAAAUCAGUCUAGCAGGACUUAAUCCGCUAGUUCCUGUCCGUCACCUCAUUGUUUCAAUAACUCCCGCCUUCUCUUUCCUGAUUGGCCCGAGUAGAGACAAAAGGCAGCUUCCUAUUGGGCCAACGGAGCAAGGUGGGAAACGAAAGCCCGCCUCGUUCAACCUUCUAGCCUAUCAACGAUCAGAUGGGCGGGGAAGCAGGGCGGGAAAUUCAAAGGGUUGUCAGACUGAAAUUUUGUAUAAGUAUGGCUUUAUUUUGAUUGUAUGGUACCCUAGUAGACCGAAUGAUCGCUACUAGAGUCCUCUUCAGCUGAAUUGCUCAAUAAAGACUCCUUGGCGGAUUUUCCUUCAA